GGUCCCGUAUUCCCGCAAUUCAUGACUCUCUGGAUGUGUUCCGCUCGUUUCGAAAAUAUGCAAACAUCGAUGAUUGCCAGAGACGCGCAGCAGAAACAACGAAAACCACAAUUGGCAACACUGUCGACGCUGUGUGGUUUUCGAAGCGUGAACAGACCGAAAAGCCCAUAAUCCUUUUUCUAUACUUUAUUCUGCCGGUGAACGUAAGAUAAAAUCGCGGCGCAGAGCGAGGCCCACCCCCUGUUCAAAAAUGCUGUUGCUACAUCCCUCUCAAAGUAGGAGUCUUUUGGCAGCCACUUUUCUUAUAGGUACUGUUACUUCUAGCACUGAGGGAUUUAAACCUGAGUUCGGCUUUCUCUCAAGCUGUCAGGCCGGUCAAUAGCAUAGCUCCUUUGGGAAGUUGCUAAGAUCCAAUGGGCGCCAUCUAAGAGGAAAGUGUCUGGUAGCUACGUCAAGUUACAUCUAGCUUCAGCCUACGGCCGGUUGUUAGUUGAGCACACUCGAAAGUCGCUAACUCGACUUGUGAACGCAGUGAAAAGUCGUGAACAGAUACGUCUGUGGAGAUCGAUGAGUUAAAGUGAGCGUAGUUUGAGGUUUAAGUCAAGGCUAUUCCAGUGAGUAAACGGAAGACAUGGAAGUAUAGUGGCAUAGUAUAUGCAGGAUUCCAAUUAGGCCACGCUACUCUUAGUGGGCAUAGAGUACAGUGCAAGUAAGUGUCGGUCGGUUUUUCGGCUCUCUCAGUGCACGGACCUCGUCAGUGGCUUAAUCCCGUGCCACAAAUGUAACUAUACCACGCGAGCAUAGAAUGAGUCAGAGGAGAAAAACACUGCACAAGGUUUUUUGACGCUUCAACAACGGAAACAGAUCAGCCGCCGAGCUUUAUAUACUUUAUCACCAUUGAGUUGUGCUGUCAAUCCUGAACCCCUCACUAACCUCUUCCCCCGGCUUGCUGUUACCGACAGUUACGCUUUGCAUAGUGAAGCACCAUGCAGAGUGCUUCGCUAGCUUCGCUCCCCUCUUUCCAUGUCACUACUUCACGGAGCCCAUCAGAUGCCGUUGUGCGAGGCCCUUCUCAUGAACACUUUACCAUGCAACCCUAGUAGCAAGCAAAAUUAUGACGCCCACUAUGAACCUAAUGUCAGAUGGAUAAAGAGAAGCUACGCAAAAGCGCUGGUGGAAAACACACGGAUCUCCAACAGCUCGUUUCUGGCCGGCAGCGGGUUUAGGAUAAAGUUGCACGGGUUGGGGGGGCGGGUGAAAGGGGGUGCAAGGGCAGGGUGAAGAGACGGGACAGUCUCGUGCGGGCCCCUGGGAAUCCUGGCGCAUGCGUCCUGUAGUACAUCCCUCUCGCUCCAUUGGUCGGUCUUUGGGCUAACCGAACUGGUCCGAUCCGAUCCUACACAUUGGUACCGUUCUAAAGCAGCCUCUACGUGCACGCAUCAAAACCACAACAUAAAAGCCACACACACAAGGUAUACAGAUAUCACGGAGGCAAGCUGCUGCAUAGUGAGGGACCAUGACCGAGCUGCAGUGUCCCCUAGCGAACUACUGAGCUCGUUAAGGUACUUAGGUUAUAGUCAGUGCAGUUCGACACCCUGCCGACUUAGAGCAUACUACUUAUUCGACUGGCACCACCAGCACUCCAAUCGUCAACCACUUUCCCGCCUCGUCAAACGCUAUUUUAUUUCUCUGGCAGCCCAUGAGACACUUGCUGCCUUACUCGGUAAAAGGCCCCACACGUCUGUACACUGCCUUCCGACAAAUCCACUGCGCCCUGUGAGCCGCAAUUUUACACGAUAUGACAAAAUCUGCUCGAUUUGAAUUCAUCCUUUUUUAGCUCUGUUCAGAACAAUGGCUCCCCACUGAUGUACACGCCAUACGGCGCGAUUUCUGCUGCUGCUAUUACGAUCCUACUUAAAAAUCUGGCAGCUGGCUCGCUGGCUAGUCAUACGAUGCCAAUAGAACCCUCUCUUUCUUACUCUUCAUGCAAUUCGCAAUAUGAGCCAAAGCAAAGCCUGCUGUAUCAAUCAUUACUGUCUAUAUUAGUGAGAAACGUCUGUAAAGAAGCGCGCGCAUCGAGCCACCAGUAGAUAUCGAAAUGUCGGUUUGAUAUCCAUCAGUACGUCCCUUCAAUGAAAGAUGAGAGCGCUCAGCUUUAUAGCUGCACCGAUAUGUGCUGCCGAUGCUGGUUACUCAGCCGGGACUAGGCUGUGGCGCCUGCUGGCCGUUGCGUCUGCCUGACUGUUCGCCUGCCUGCCUGCCCGCCAUAACAUUCAAACCCGUGGCGUCCUGAUGCUGUUCCGAGCAUUACGGUUAACUGACGGAGCGAUCUCAGCCCUAGCUACAAAAUGUCGCAGAAAAAAGUGAUCAGCUGAUGGCAUUUAGCUACUGUCGUUAACAACUGAUGUAGUUUAUGAUAUGAAUUAGUGAGCGUUGUGCUACGAGGACGGUAGUUUGUCUAACGAGGUAUCAGGUUGGUUGCUCCUAAUUCGCCUCGGAGUACCCUAAGCAUCCUUACAAAGUGACUGAAACUACCGCAUCAUUGGCUCAGAUCGUGGUUAAACGAAUUGUCCUGCUGCGGCAAAGGAGGCAUUACAACUGAAGGCAAUAUACAACCAGCGCUGGUUUACACGAGCUGGUAGCCAGGCACCAGUCGAAGCACUGUGUGCCGAACUAGGGUGGCUCUUGGCAUUCGUGGCAACUAGUGGCCUGGCUAUAUUAGUUAACUGUUUCGAUUGUACGGUUUUCUGCGGACUUCUCUUAUUUUUCGUCGACACAAAUCGCCAACCGGCCUAUGUAUACGUGUGCGUGUGUCACAAAAGCGGAUGAUCGUUUGCCAGCUUCUAAUCCAUGUUCGUAUUGAGUUUGGCGCAUGCGUUGCGAGUUCUUCCUGUUAGCACAACGUGUGAUAUUAGUCAUUUUGCAGGAUCUACAUAAUCGGUGCUGGGGUUACUCCCUAAAUUUAUAUUGCUCGAUUUGUUUCCCAACUGCAAUUUGAUUUCAUAGCGGUACGUUUCGUCGUCGUUAAGUCGGCCGCUGUCGUUGGGUUGUCACUGUGUGAGCGAUCCCCGGGAGGCGUCUUUGUGUUUCUGUGGGUGCGCGCGGGUGUGUGUGUGUGUUAUGUGGGGAUCACGCUGUAAGUAGUCGACAGUAACUGCACAACUGUGGGUGGUUGGCUUUCCGGUGGAAGCUGACUGGAUUGUGAGGUGCUUGUAGCGGUUAUCGUGGUGUCGUAGUCCCCGCCUUGGGGUAGCCUUCGUCAUCUUUUCUGUUUGCAACGGCAUUCUCAGUUUACGAUGGAAGUUGACGAUACGACAACGACGACGGGCAGCGAGGAACAACAGCAGCCACAGCAAAUGGACCCCGACUGGGGUGGACUUCUUCAAGAGUUUUCUCGAAUGGGAACGACGGAUCGAGAUGUCCUCAUUCAGCGGAUGCAGCAGCUGGCUGAGGGGCUGUCACAAACAGAAAGUGCCUUCUUCCUUGAUAUGAAUAACUGGAACCUUGAAGCUGCCGUCUGGUCGUACUUUGAGUUUAGCCAGAAUUUCAGCGGGAAAAAUCCCAGCGGAGGCAACGCCAUAGCGGCAACCAGUACGAACUCCAGCAACGCAAACACUGAGUACAGUAGCAGCUGUAGUAGUAGCAGUAAUAACGUGGUAAAAACCGACUCAUGUACUGGCUGGGAGCAAAUAAGCAACAGGAACAGUUCUUCUAGUAGCAGCGGAACCGGUUCAGCGCAGGCAUAUUUUGACUCAUUCACUGGCCCUGUAAACCGGGCCAAUAGUGAGGAGGCAUUGGCGGCUGCCGUUAGCCAAUGGGCCAUACAACCAGCUCGGGCCAUGUCUCUUGUCGAGGAUCGCACGAUCGGCAAUGGUGAAGCUGUCACCCCCGACACGGCGUUCGUCAAGACACUACGCGUUCGGAACAGUGGGCCUCAAGCGUGGCCGCGAGGCUCCGUGUUCAAGUAUGUGUCGGGUGAUUUUCUUAAAGGCGAUGAUGCCGUACGGUUAGAUCAGUCGGUCGCCCCCAACGAAGAAAUUGAUCUCUCAAUACGAUUGCUCUCACCGGCCGAGCCGGGCCGAUAUCAAAGUCAGUGGCGAUUAUACGACGACGACGGUCCAUUUGGAGAUACGAUUUGGAUUGCGUUUCAAGUGCAAGAAGGUGGCGUGCUAGCUGUUACCCAGCAAAUGGACGCCUGCCAUGCUUGAUGAAAAUGGAACCUGAUGGUGGUGCUGAUAUGAAGACAGUAGGGAAAAAAAUUAAUGGUGUGCUAGCAACAGCCAGGGCGAAUACAACGUCUAGAACAAUGAUGAAACAACAUCAUUUAUGGUAGCGAAGCAUCCAAAGCUAAUAGUAGCUGCUGUAAAUCGAAGAAAAAUUAAUAAAACAAUACCAACUAAAUCAUAAUGCAAGCAACCUUCAGCGACAUAGUAAUAACACAAACGUCAGCUUACAAUAUUCAUGAUUUUCCACACCUCGUUACCCUUCGCCGCCGUGCGGCAACCCCAUGUGACUCGCGACUCAGUAAAUCUAUAUCCCAAAAAAAUAGUGUUUCUUGUUUCUUAUAUAACUCAACGGCAAUGCGAUCGUCAGUGGCCAGCUAACACCAACCGGAAAAACUGGUUGUUUCGUGGACACGAUGACCUGUUCUCUGGAUCAAGCUGCUGCAAAUUCUGCUGCUGAAAAUGUACAAAAAGCGCCACUUUUUCUAUAAAUGCGUGGUGGUAGUAGUAGUAGUAAUAGUAGUAGUAGUACUGGGUUCGUAUCACUUAACCACCAUGGUACGCAGCAGCAAUGGGCCAGAAACCCAGAAUUAGAUAAAAAAAGAGAUACAAAACGCCUGACCAUUAAUCUGCAGAGUGAACGCUAAAAAAUGAUCAAAAGCUAUAACAAGCCACGACGACAAAUGAACAAAUAAAAACAACAACAGCAACCGUAAUAGCUUCAAAUUGAAAAAAAAAAGUUGUUUACGGCGUCCUUUUACUGUUUAAUAUACCUUUUAGCACACCUUAAACGCCCAAUUGCCAUUUCUGUCCUGCUCAAGCUGGCGUAGCUGACGAGGCAAACUUUUAUGACCACGUCCAACAGCACAUGGAGACAGCGCGACAAGACAUAGGUGAUGGCUGGUGUUUUUCCAAAGGUAACAAUUAGGCGAUUGUCUAAUACUCCUACAGAUAAUAAAUUCUACUAUAGCUUUUUCUCACUAUCAUCUGUAUCGUUUUGUAUGUCUAAAUGUUUGUUUUUCUAUUCGUCUGUCUACCUGAGCGCCUCUGCAUGCACGCGCUUCGUAUACUGGGAGUUAUGUUUAUGUGGCUUCUGCAUGCGAAAGCAAAAGGGACUGUCAGAGAGCGUGUGUAUAUUUUCUUUUGUUUUUUGUGCUGCGUAUUGUGCUAGCACCUGCUGCCAUCGAUUUGUUUUUGGUUUGUGAGAGGAAGCGGACCACUCUCGUUGCAACGAUAGGGUACUAUCGACGUAGUGUCGUUGACACGGCGCAGAAUUGUCGCUGAUACAUAUUUUACCGCACAUACUCCAAUCCCGAAGAGAGUCGGACUGAUUAGGAGCGAACGUACAGCAGUUGAGUUGGUAUAACAGGCCAUCAUGGUAUUAUGACCAGCUCCACCCCGGACUACUAGCAUAAACUGUUAUCUGUAGAGACAAAAACAACCUAAAACCGCUUGCGCGUUUACGUACCGCAUCUUUGUUGGCCCGUACGGCGUCAGACAGUCAGGCGACAAUUGGACUAAGUAGUCAGCCGCCAUUCGCUCAACGGUCCCCUGGAAUGAGUGUGCGAGUGACCUAAUGGCACCUAAAAAAACGCAUUUGCCAAGAGGUAAACCGGUGGUGCGGCGAGCCGAGACAGGGGCGACGAUACUCUUAGCAACAACUGCUUAUUUCACGGGGCCAGUUCACGAGCUCCGACCGAGCAGCGGGCGGUCUGGGGGCAAUUGAUGACAGCUAGGAUGUGCAUGGCCCGCUUAGCCAGUCAAAAGCGUCGAUUGUAAACAAGCAGGCAUUAUGUCAUGACGGGCACGAAUAGGUUUUCGUCCACGCCAAAAUGCGACUACCUGUUUGUCGACCUCUUUCACCACCAGUACAAUGGCAACUAUCAUCAUCACCCCUGCCAUUACUAAUAAACUAGUAGAACUAUUCAUAGCUGAAGACAGCUUUCAUUAGUAGAAAGGGGUUAGUACUCCGGGUGUCGGUGAGAUUGCCAACGGAUUAACUUCGCGGUGCGACGCUGCAGCUCGACAAUUUUAUCGAGUAAUAAUAAAAAUAAGGGUAUAGCUAAAUAUGACAAAGAAGGUGUAAGAAGAUUUGAGAGGGAAAACACUUAAAAACUAUUAUAUAUAUAUAUAUAUAUAUAUAUUUGUGUACAGUAUUGGCUUGGAAUCAAUGAUUCAUAAUGUGGACUAUUGAUAUAAUCGAUUUGAAUAAUCGUCACAUAAUAAGAGGUUUAUUAGGUACUAAUGAAAGCGCAUUGAUGACGCGCAAAGAUCGUUAAAAACAAGAAAGUAUGAAUAUAAAACAAUUCGUUGAAUAGAUAAGAGUAAUUCUGCAUAGUUAACGGCAGUAUGCAAAAAGGCGCUGAGUUAGACACCAAGAAGGCUAAGAAAAUUUAUACAAACGCUAUUCAAAAACCCAAAAAAGAUGUGUAUUAAAGAGACAAACGGUCACAUCGUAACGAAAAGGUUUUGAUUACUAAUACAGAUAAGUAUAGUUCUAGCUGAAUCUGAUAUUGAUAAUUAGUAGGAAGAAGAUGAAAUUGAGAUGACUUGUAGAAGAGAAGAAGCUAUGAGAAAAAAGCUACAGUGAUGCGAUUAUUAUCAAUCAAGAGUUAUCAAUCAAGCACAGAAUGAUUAUGGAUAUUAAUGAUCAUUAUAAAGACGAUCAUUCAAAACGUGGUAUGUAUGGUAAGAAUGAAAAUGCGACCUUCGACUACAAGCGAGUAUAGCUUACGAUGCAUAUUGUGCUUGUUUAAAGCAUUAUGCAUAAAGAUUCCAAUAAGGGUAGACCAAAAGAUAAAAGUGAAUGUAAGUGAAUGACCAAUGAAUCUAAGUUAGUCUAUUUUGCUGUUGACACUGUGGCGUUCGACCGUGUAAGAAAGACAAACAUAUGCUAAAUGGAAAAGUAACGAAAUGCAAUCGACAAAAACCAGCGUGAUGCGUACCCAUAAACAGGUGAUUAAUGCUUUCAAUUAAUGAUUUCUAAAGAGGAGGAACAAAUGUUGACGACAGGGGAACUGGCGGGAAAUUUUGAAAUCAGGAAAGCUAUUCAAUAUAGAAAUUUCUAAAUGACCUAAGGAUGAGACGAAUCUUAGGGCAGAGAACAACUACUAUAAAACAGUGUAAUGUAACGAUGUCGAAAAUUAAUAAAAACAUUCA